AAUUCAUUUCGAAAUGAAAAUGAACAAAAUAAAAAGGGAAAGGCUGCAGUCGUGUUGUUGACCUCAUUCGGCUCCAGCAACCAUAUAGCCAAAUCGCGAUUUCCCCCUUCCAGUUUCUACAGCGAGAAUUCUGUAUUCAUCCACUUCUAGAGAGAUAGUACAAAUCAUACGAUUCCGAAUCGGGACUGUUCCGGAUAGAUAGAAUUGUGAACCUAUGAGGGUUGAUUUUUCGAAGAAAUGGAGUUUGUCGGACGAACCGUGAGGAAAGAAUUCGAAGGAUUUGGGGUUUUUUCGGGAGUUGUGAAAUCAUACGAUUCCGAAUCGGGAUUGUUCGAGAUCGGUUACGACGACGGUGAUUCUGAAGAAAUUGAUUUGUCGGAGUUGACUGUUGCUCUUGUGGAUGCCGAUGGAGUCCGUACGGUGGAUCAGUCUUCGUAUCUGAAGCCAUCUAGGGUUGGGAGAAGACCUAAGAAGAGGUCUAGGGUUCUUGUUUCGUCAAAUUCAGGUAAUGAAAAUGGUUUUUCUUCAUCUGUUGGUAAUGUAGUUGCAGCUGAUCAAAGUAAUUUGGAUUCUGUGGUUGUUGAUAAGUUGACUAAAAAAAUGGACUUUAGUAGUCAUGAUAGCAAUAAUGUUAGUGUUUGUGGUGAUAAUCAUAAGGUUAAUGAUGAUGGGAUAGAUUUGAAUUUGAAUUUGGAUUUUAUUGAAGAGAAUGAUUUGGAAUCGAAAAGGAAAGAUUUAGCAGAUUGUUCGGUUAAGGAAGAGCAGUGUUUGGACUUGAAUAUGGAUGUAGACGGUGAGGAAACUAAGAAUGAAGAUGUUGAUCUCGGUGGGUAUGUCGAGGGAGAAAAUUGUGGUGAAGAUGGUCGGUUGAAGGUUCCUGGGGACAUUGCAACCGAGAGUCCAGGAGUGUUGGGGGUUCAGAAUUAUUCUAUGGCUGAAGUUUCACCAGUUGUUGAUCAGAAUGAAGCUUUGGGGAGAACACAGACAAGAGGAAGAAGAGGUAGAAAGAGAAAAAGCGUUACAGAUUCUCCGAAAACUGGUGCGGAAAGUGUGUUAAGGAGGAGUGCUAGGAGACAAGCUAAGUCUUCUGUUGAUGAACAUGACGGUAAUGCUGUAAAAGUUGAUGAUGACCAUGAUGACGUUGCAUGUGCAUUGCCGGCUGGUUCAUCUCCGGUUAUAAGUGCGGUUUCAGAGGACCAGCCUACAAGUUCUGGAUGUAAAGAAUCUGAAGAACCUAGUGUUGUUCCUCUAAAGCUGGAGUUACCGCCAUCAACAGGAAAUUUGAAUCUAGACGGCCUUCCAGUACUUGAUGUUUUCUCCGUGUAUGCUUUUCUAAGGUCAUUUAGCACAAUAUUGUUUUUAAGCCCAUUUGAGCUGGGGGAUUUUGUGGCAUCACUUAGAAGCGAGUCUCCUAGUUUAUUGAUUGAUUCGAUUCAUGUUUCUCUUUUACGAACAUUGAGGAAGCUUUUAGAGUUCCAAUCAAGUGAGAGUUUAAAACCAGCUACUAAUUGCCUUAGGGAUCUUAACUGGGAUUUGUUGGACUUGAUUACGUGGCCUAUUUAUAUGGCAGAGUACCUACUUAUGAAACCUGGUUUUGAUUUUGAUCAAUUGAAGUUGUUCAAAACUGACUACCACAAACAGCCGGGAUCCGUGAAGGUUAAAAUGUUGCAGUAUAUUUGUGACGACGUGAUAGAAAUUGAGGCUAUAAGUUCAGAACUUAAUAGGAGGAUACUGGUGGGAGAUCCUGCUAAUCUUAUGGAUCCUGAUUUAAAUACAAAACUAACGGCUUCUAAGAAACGCAAGGCAACAAUGGCUAUAUCUGGUAGUUCAUGCAUGAGUGAGGAGGUUAUUGAUGAAACUGUAGAUUGGAACAGUGAUGAAUGUUGCCUUUGUAAAAUGGAUGGUAACUUAAUAUGCUGUGAUGGUUGCCCUGCAGCAUAUCAUUCAAAGUGUGUAGGUAUUGCCGCUAGUUUUUUGCCGGAUGGAGAUUGGUAUUGCCCAGAGUGUGUAGUCGAUAAGAAAAAUGUGGAUAUUAAUGUGGCGAAAGCAAUUCGAGGAGCAGAUUUAUUGGGGGUUGACACACAUGGACGGUUCUAUUAUAGCACCUGUGGAUACCUCGUGGUGGCAGAUCCCUGUGAUGCUGAAACCUCGUAUCAUUACUAUCACAUGAAUGAGUUGACUGCUCUCAUCAAUACACUGAAUUUGUUGAGUGGUCCUUAUAGAGUUAUAUCAAAUGCCAUCACCAAGCACUGGCAUUUAUACAAUAAGCUUUAUGGAGAAAAAAGUAAAUUAGAUUCAGAAAAAUCAGGAGAAGUAGAGAGAUCGUUGGCAGGAUCUUCUGAAGAGAAUCUUUCAAAAACCGGACUACAUUCUUCAAACAAUGGCUAUGAUAUAUCUAAUAGAACGGCCACAAGGAAAGGCAUGUCACAGCAGUUAGAAAACGGUUAUCUGAAUUUCUAUAGCUUCGCUAGAGUGGCCUCAUCGGUGGCUGGAGAAUGGGCUCGAAAAGUUCCAGACAACAAGACUUCCACUGCACCUACAAAAUCACUAGAGGAAUUGAUUGUGAUACAAAUGAAAGCCAUAACAAAGAUAUCUGUUGACUUUUGUUGGUCAAAUAUCCAGAAUCUAAGUGUGGAUGCUCGGAAAGAAAAAUGUGGGUGGUGUCUGGCAUGCAAGUUUCCGACUGAUGACGGGAUUUGUUUAUUCUACAUGAAUAACGUCAGUGUUUUGGAAAAUUAUACAAGUCAAGUGUUGGGUUUUGAUUCAAGAAUAAGCAGGAAUGAUCGCCUUAUUGAUGCCAUGUGUCAUAUUCUAUACAUUGAAGAUCGGUUGCAUGGUCUUUUGUUGGGUCCUUGGCUCAAUCCUCAUUUCCCAAAGCUUUACCGUAAAAGUUUUCAUGAGGCUUCUGAUAUUGCUUCAGUUAAAGACCUCUUGCUCAUGUUAGAGUCGAAUAUUUGGUCACGUGCAUUUUCGGAUGAGUGGAUAAAACAUGUGGAUUUGGUGGUGACGGUGGGAUCCGCUUCUCAUGUUGUGACAUCUAAGCUUCGUAUGCCUUCAACAAGAAACGUGGUUGGAAAGAAAAGAUCCAAGUCUUUGGAUCCCGAACCUCAUUCAUCGAAAAACGCAUCAAGUGGUCUAAGCCUGUUUUGGUGGAGGGGUGGUAGGCUCACAAGACGGCUUUUUAAUUGGAAGGUUUUGCCUUGCUCCUUGGCUUCUAAAGCUGCUCGUCAAGGUGGAGGCAAGAAGAUUGAUGGUAUAUUAUAUCCUGAGAAUUCCGAUUUUCCAAAGAGAAGCAAAGCUCUUGUGUGGCGAGCUUCUGUCCAGUCGGCAGUUACUGUGGAACAGCUUGCUCUUCAGAUAAGGGAACUUGAUGCACACAUUAAAUGGGAAGAGAUUGAGAACAGCAGUCAUCUGGCGAAGAUGGAUAAGGAAUCAAUAAAGUCAAUGAGGUCAUUUAAGAAGGCUAUAAUCCGACGCAAGUCUUCAGAAGGCGGUGUUGUGAAAUAUCUUUUAGACUUUGGGAAAAGAAGAUUUAUACCUGAUACGGUCGUAAAACACGGGUCUAAGAUUGAUGAGUCGUCAUCAUCAAGUGAAAGGAAGAAAUAUUGGGUGGAGGAGCCUUAUGUUCCCUUGUUUCUUCUGAAACCCUUUAAUGAUAAAAGAAUAGCAUUGAAGUCCAAUAAGACUAGCACUAGUCUUUCACUUAGCACUAAGAAAUCCUCUUCAAACAAAGACAUCUUUUCCUACCUUUUCUCCAAAGCAGAAAAACCUGUAAAUCAUUUGUGUGGCCACUGCAAUAAGGAUGUUCUUAUCAGGGAUGCUAUUGGCUGCCAGUAUUGUGAAGGUUUUUUCCAUAAAAGACAUGUGCGGAAGGAAAGCGGAGGCAUGUAUACAUGCCACAAAUGUUAUGUUGGCGAGACCAAGAAGGUUGCUGGCCCCAAGAAGGGGAAAUUAGGUUCUCGGAAGACAAAAAAAGCCAAAAAGGGUGGUAAAGGAAAGCAGCCGUUAGAACCACAGGACAAGAGUAAAGGUUUUGUUGUACCUCUAAGACGAUCUGCACGUACUGCUAAAAUUGUUUCACUGCAAAGUAAGAAGAAGAAGAAGAAGCCAGCAAAGAAGAAAAAGAAACAAUCAAAGUCUGGUGGUGGUAAAAAGAAGCAGCAACUGGAAUUUUUGAAUGAAAUUGAAAAACCAAAAGGUAAACGUGGAAGACCAAGAAAAAUCAACAAGCUAAGUUUUCAAAAGAAGCGAUCACCUCCGACGAACUCCAAGUAUUGGCUGAAUGGUCUCCUGAUGUCAAGAAACCCCGUUGAUGAAAAGGAUCUUAGUGAACUGGCGUAUUCCGUCCCUGGUGGACCUCCUAAAUGCUGUCUCUGUGAUGAACCGGAGUUCAAUUCAUCGUUGACUUAUCUUUGUUGUGCCAAAUGUGGAGACUGGUUCCAUGGGGAUGCUGUUGGGCAAAACGAUGACAACAGAGGAUUUAUUAUCGGCUUUAAGUGCCAUAAGUGUCGUGAGAGGCCUGUUCCAGUCUGCCCCCACCUAAAUUCCGUAAGUCAGGAACCAGAAUCGGGUGAACAGAAAAACGAUGACGGUGCUAAUGAUGUAUCUGUACUUCUGGAGCAGAAACCUGUUGAUACUUUUGAAGAGCAGAAAGACUUGUUGAAUGACGAGGCUUCUUCUCCAAAUGCAGAACCCGUGUCUGGCUCUAAAGAAGAACCUGCACAAAAGAUGCCUGAUUUAGGGCCAGCAGAUGCAUUGCCAUUAAUUGAAGUGGAAAAGGAAACUUGUUUAACAGAUGAUGAUGAAUCUCGUGUGGCAGUUGCAGAAAAUGGUUCCUUAGAAGCAAAUACAGGUCUUGUUGAUUGAAAGCAGAUUGCGGUGAAGUUGAGUUAGUCGAUUAGCGAGUUUAGUCUAUUGAGUAGCAUUUAACAUCGAACCCAUAUGCUGCUGACUGCAUGGGAUGGGUUGAUUUAUCCUUCAUAUUCUUACAUUGAGUUUUUAGCAAAACCCCAAAUCAUCAAAUUGGUUCAGAUUUUAUAGAUUACAGUUCUUUAGCA